AUGGCAAAGAAUGGACUUGUAAUUUACAUCCUGCUUAUCACCUUACUCCUGGACCAGACCACCAGCCACACGUCCAAGUUCAAAGCCAGGAAGCACAGCAAACGCCGAGUGAAAGAAAAGGAUGGAGACCUGAAGACUCAAGUGGAAAAGCUCUGGAGAGAAGUCAAUGCCCUGAAGGAAAUGCAAGCCCUGCAGACAGUCUGUCUCCGAGGCACAAAAUUUCACAAGAAGUGCUACCUUGCUUUGGAAGGCUUGAAGCACUUCCACGAAGCCAACGAAGACUGCAUUUCCAGGGGAGGGACGCUGGUUGUCCCCAGAAGCUCCGACGAAAUCAAUGCCGUCCGAGACUAUGGUAAAAGGAGCCUGCCAGGGGUCAAUGAGUUUUGGCUGGGCAUCAACGACAUGGUCACAGAAGGCAAGUUUGUCGAUAUCAAUGGAGUCGCCAUCUCCUUCCUCAACUGGGACCAUGCACAGCCUAACGGUGGCAAGCGGGAAAACUGCGUCCUCUUCUCACAGUCAGCUCAGGGCAAAUGGAGUGACGAGGUCUGUCGUAGCAGCAAGAGGUACAUAUGUGAGUUCACCAUCCCCUGAUAGACCCUUCUUGAAUGUGUCUUCCAAGCAAGAUCGGUCAUGAUUUAUAGGCUGAUGGAUCCCAGGAAUAAGUCAAAAUUGUCCUCCCUCACGGGACUCUGUGUUCACAGGAAUACAAGAGUCAGCCAGUUUGGCUACCACAUUGUAUUGUGGUUUUGCCCUCCCUGGGGUAUGGGGGAGCAGAAAUAAUGAUCUAGCCAUGUACACACUGUUAAAGGGGCUUCUGCAAAAUGGGCUAUCAGACCUUUCUCACUCCUGGUCCCUCCUACUUGUAUCGACCAGGUUAGUGUUAAAAAUACAACAGCCAGAAAAGCAAGCUUAGACGACCUGGAAGAUUUUCUCUUAAAAGUUUAGGAUAUAUUUGAUUGAUGAGGUGCUACAUAAUCCAAAAACUUUUCAGUCUGAUGUUCAAUCUAUUCCAUCCUAAUGAUAGUAUCUUAUUAGUCCAUCACCCUUUCUUUG